ACUAAUAAAAAUGUAGACUUUUCUUUUCUGGAGAAUCGUUAUACAAUCUGAGAGAUUCGAUUCCAUGUGAUUCGCGAGAGAAAGAGAGGUGAUGGAAGCGAACGGCGACGACGAUGAGCUACGAAAGAACACACCUUUACACCGGAGAAGAAUCUCGUUGAGUUCAAUUCAUCUUCUUCUGUUAAUCUCCUUGAGCACGACGACGAGGGUCUCUGCUUCGGUAGACGAAUCUGGAAGAAGAAGAGUGAUCGAAGCUAGAAGCGGACAAGACUUGGUUUGGGUGGUUCAGCUAUCAGAUCUCCAUUUCAGCGUUCACCAUCCCGAGAGAGCAAUUGAUUUCAGAAACAUACUUGGUCCUGCUCUCUCCCUCAUCAACCCUUCUCUCGUCCUAAUCACCGGCGAUCUCACAGAUGGGAAGAGUAAAGACUUGUUAACAAUGAAGCAAAACGAACAAGAGUGGUUAGAGUAUGAGAGCGUGAUGCAAGAUGUUAUCAAGACAAGUGGGUUGAAUAAAACCUUAUUCUAUGAUCUUAGAGGUAACCACGACAACUUUGGUGUCCCCUCUCUUGGUUCGUCCGUUGAUUUCUUCUCAAAGUAUAGCAUCAAUGGGAAGUUAGGAAGGAAAGAGAAUGUCAACACCGUCACUCUCGAGACUAGUGAACGUAAACAUCUCUUCGUUGGUGUUGACACCACAAUGAGUAUUGGACUACGCGGCCCAACGAACCUCUUCGGCCACCCAACCGAUGAGCUUUUAACCUCGCUCGACUCACAGUUAUCGCAAUGGGAUGACGACAAGCCGACAAAGCCUGUAACAAAGAUCUCAUUCGGACAUUUCCCUUUAUCCUUCUCAGCUCUAACACAUUCCAAAAAGAGCCUUAGGGACGUGUUCUUGAAGCACUCCGUCUCCGCUUACCUCUGUGGACAUCUGCACUCGAGGUUCGGCAAGAACCUCAAGAGACUCCACCGCUCCGGCGGCGUCAGUUUAUCGGAUAACGACUUGUUCCAGCUGAACAUGAGGCGGAGCGGCGGCGAUGAAAGUGCUACGAACUGUUCCUUCGGAGCCUCCCCGGAUGCAGAGUUCUGGGAGUGGGAGAUGGGAGACUGGAGAAAGAACAGGGCGAUGCGGAUCGUGGCUAUCGAUAGAGGUCAUGUCUCGUACCUCGAUCUCGACUUCAAGUCGUCAGAGUCUCGGAAGACCAUCGUGUUACCUACUUUUCCGUUAGAUUCACGUUUCAUGUCGACGUCGUUAGCACGCCACAGAUACGAGUGUCAGCAUAUGAUCUCUUCCUCCUACGACGCGAUCAGAGCCAUUGUGUUUUCUCAAUCUCUGGUUGUUGAUGUUGUCGCUAGAGUCUAUGACUCAUCCCCUGGAUUUAACAAUCUAGUCAUGGAAGCUCCUAUGAGAAAACAUGGUUCCACUUCUGGAGCAUCUUUUUAUUCGCUCCCGUGGAACUAUAGAGCCUUUGAGGAUUCUUUACCUGAUAGGUAUUGGCUUCAGAUAGAAGUGACUGACAUCAAAGGGAGAACGACUUUAUCAGAGCUGCGUCCGUUUUCAAUCAACGGUCUAAGCUCUAGAGUGUCGUGGACGUGGAACGAGUUUCGUGUAAUGGGCUGCCAAUGGGCCGCGUUGUACUUCCCCAUUCUAUGGUCUGUGAUAAGCUGUUUGCUUCUUGCUUUCUUUAUUCCGAAAUGCAUUAUCGUUGUUUUCAAGAAGCAGUACACUCUCAAGAAGUUCGUCGCCAAGAAAGGACUAUUCACGCUUGUGCUGUGGAUUCUCCAAGACCUUUGUAGACUCCCUGUGGUUUGGUUCGGUUACGUGGCGUAUUUGUUUUAUCUCGUAUUCUUCCCUUGGUUCUCCGGCGAAGUGUUUACUGACUCCGGGAAGAGAACGUACAUGACCAUUAUGGGAUGGGUGGUGACUAGCUCAGGCGGAGGAGAGAGGAAACAUGAGUACGUUGGAGAGCCUGAUGUGAUGGUUCUAGUGAUUCCGCAUCUGGUUUUUGUCGUCAUCCCAAGUUUGGUGAUUGUGUGUUGUUUGGUUGCUGAGAGAGAACUCUACAAAGAGCAUAUUAGAGCUGUAUCUGGUAAGAAGGAAGAUGACCAUAAUGACCGGGGAAGGAAGAAGAGAUGGCAGCGGCGGUCUGUGUUGUUCUCUAAGAGGAGAUUGGUUCGGAAGUCGCUCUUGCUGGCUUCAUUGGCUCUCUACUGGAAGCAUUUCAAGAAUUGCUGGAGUCUAGCUAGAGCUUAUGAGAUGAAUGUGACUCAUUUUCCAGAUGACGAUUGUUGAUAUGGAGAUUGAGAGCGCCGAUCAAGUCUCUCCUCUACCAUUUGCUAGAAGUUAUCAAGUGGAGGCGCUAGAGAAAGCAAUGAAGCGGAACACGAUUGUUUACUUGGAGACUGGCUCUGGCAAGACUCUUAUCGCCAUCAUGCUUCUCCGUAGCUACGCUUACCUUUUCCGCAAGCCUUCCCCUUGCUUCAGCGUCUUCUUGGUUCCUCAAGUUGUUCUCGUCACUCAACAAGCUGAAGCGCUGAAGAGGCACACGGAUCUGAAAGUGGGCAUGUAUUGGGGAUCCAUGGGGGUUGACUUUUGGGAUGCUCCUACUUGGAAACAAGAAGUCGAUACAUAUGAGGUUCUUGUGAUGACACCUGCUAUUUUGCUCAGUGCAUUAAGACAUAGUUUUCUGACGUUGAACAUGAUCAAGGUUCUUAUCUUUGAUGAAUGUCAUCAUGCUCGGGGUAAUCACGCUUAUGCUUGUAUCUUGAAGGAGUUCUAUCACAAGGAGUUAAAGUCUGCAACUUCUGUCGUUCCUCGAAUAUUUGGGAUGACUGCUUCCCCUGUGAAAACAAAGGGUGAAAACUUGGAUAGCUACUGGAAAAAGAUUCAUGAACUCGAAUCUCUAAUGAAUUCAAAGGUCUAUACAUGUGAAAGUGAGUCUGUGCUGGCUCGGUUUGUACCCUUUUCUACUCCGAGUUUCAAGUUGUA